AUACGGUAAAAAAUAUGGGUAUCUUGUGGAAAUUUAUGGACCAAAAAACUUUUUUGUUUCAAAAAUCAGAUUGCUGCUUCUUAAAAUUUUCGAGUUCAUCUCAAAUUUUAGAAUCCCUACUGAUUUUUCAUUGGCCGCCUAAUAUGUGCCCCCAAUUUCGCAAGUCUAUCCCGUCCCCUUCAGAAUAUCCAUAGAGAUAAUUUCCGUCAUCUUCUUCAAAAUCACAGCUCUUGUAUGGAAGCCGGAGUUUCUCUCUCUAUAGGGCGUAAGAUCAGUGGACAGUAACUCGGAUUACUGCUCAUUGCCUUUUUCCCUUCGAUUCUUCCAUUAAUUGAGCUCUUCUUGGCGUGAUUUUUGGAGCCCUUGGUUCGUAUGAUGUGUGCACAAGUACAUAUGAAUCCAAUUUGGGAAUUAUUUGAGCUGGUAUGUGGCGAUUUGGAGGUCAACGACAAUAGUGGUACUGUUCAUCUACGAACUGAAAUUCAAAGAUUUCUCUUGUCUCGAGCAGAGUUGAAGGACAUCCUCUUAGGAUUCUGAGAGAAAUUGUUUGCUAAUCCAAGGUAUGAACAUGGAUUUCAAUUCCACUUGAUUCAUCCUGCGAUUUGAAGAAUUUGGGGAAACAAUGUUACUGGUUGGUUUUUGGAGGAGUCCCUAAUGCUGUUAUUGAAACUAUAAUUGAGCAAAGUUGCUUUGAAUGUACGGUUGGUGGUUGCACAACUGAUUCCUGUGGUGUUGCUUUGGACCUUGUAUUUUUGAUACCUUUGGUUUAUUUGUAUUGGCCAUGUAUCUUUUGAACUAUAAGUUGUAGCUGUGGAGGUCCUCAACUGCUGCACGAACAUGGGUGCUGAAACUAGAGAAUCUUGAUGAAUUUGAGGUUCUUUUGGUUUUUGGUGGUUUCAUUUUGGUCAGGUGUACCUUGGGAAGUAUGGGGCUGGAAAUGCUGCUACCAUGGACUGUUGAAGCUGAGUUUGGAAUCAGCUGCUCUUUCCCACUAGAUGCUACUGUGGUGCUACUGUUUUUGGGCUGAUGGAGUGGAUUAAACUGUGGUUUUGGGCUGUGCAUUGCUGCUGGAACUGCUUCCCGGGUAUACCGGCUUGGUAAACGUUCCACUCCUCCCUGAACCUUCUAGACACUCACUUUUGUCAUACUUUACUUCAUUUGCAUGAGGUAGGGGCUAAAUUGAACUCUUGACAUGUGUGGUCUGUUUGGAUAUUGACGGCUGGAUGGGAACUAGUAACCAUGUGCCUUGGAGAGGGAGUAUAUGUACUUGGCUUGAGACGCCACCAACAUAUGCUCCCUCCAUGCUCUCGUUUUGACCUACCAUACUGCUGCCUGGUGAUGCGGGGUACUGGAAGCUGACACUGGAGCCCGGACGUGGAUUACCACUUUGUUAUGUUUGACCAUUUUGAUACGUCUUGUACUUGUUUUGAUUGUUUAUUUGUACGGCGGUUGCUUGGACCACUUAUUGGCACUUCUUGCUGAGUACAUUUUAGGGAGAGGAAAUGGAGUGUGGUUUGGGCAGCGUUUGGGCUCUUCCUUUAGCUUUUGGUCAGGGGUGCCACUAGUUUUUGGAGGCUGUUUGGCCACUGCCGGGACUACUCUAGACAGAUUGCCGGAUCCUGUGUGGCUCUUUGGCAUUGAUUGGCUGGUACUUGAAGGUGGUCUACUGGAUGGUACUUGGAGGUGCACUUGGGAGUCAAAUACCUUAGAUGAGAGGUCAUGGACUGUGUUUUGGGGAAAUGAUUGGACUGGAAGCUGAAACUGAACUAUGGGGCACUGGUUUGCUGCUGGUUUGCACCAAUUUGCUGCUGGUGUUGCUGCUGUACCUGGCCGAAAGCACUGCUAGGAACACUGCCAGGAAGCUGCUGGUUUUGGGUUUCCUACCUAUCCACUUGUUGUGUCUGAACUCAAACCGAGGGAAGCAAUGAAUGAAGGCUUUCAGGACAAUGUGACAACUUCUAGCACUCGGGCCUUGGCCCUUUGGCAUGCCAGCGGAUAACCUUAACAUCUAUAUAUAGUGCUGAUUAUUUUGUCCCUCUUUCUUUAGCCCUACACCCAACAGAUUCAGAAAGCAUCUUUAGAAAAGAAGUCUAAGAUGUCAACUCGAAGAACAAGACCCCCUCUAGUGCAAGGCCUUGUUUCAGACAGUAAUGGCGAGCCAAAGCUUGUGUGCGAUAGAUACAAUGGACCCUUCAUGUUAAGUUCCUCGGGCCACCAUUUUACAUUCACUGUGGGUCCUACGUUCUAUUUGGAUUUUGCCAUCUUCUUUUUGUUUUUUUUGCUUUUAUGAGUGAGGUUGAUUGAUUGUAUGGGUUCCCAAUACCCUUUGUGUGUAGCGGGACACUACACAGCCUGUCCAUGUACUUUUUAUUUUCUUUCAAUAAAAGUGUUUAUUUUUU